UAAAAAAAGAGCUUGCCUCGAGUUUGUUUAGCUGGAGCCGCACAAUUCGGCUGUAGUCAGUAAAAUUAACACGAUUUGUAUGUACAAAAUCCGGUUAUUAAAGUUUUAAGUUACUUAUUGGAGAAAUUAUCAUCCCACUGUCUCAUUACUGUCAUAUGUGAACUGUAUUUAUCGAAGAACGUGUUGCUCCCAGCAUGGAAUUAGACAACAAUGCUCACGAACAGCAGCAGUAUUAUCAACCGGAGUUACAGCAGGCUCAACAUCAACAGAGCACGCAACCAUCGAAUCAGGCAAAUGCUCCUAAGAAGUCUGCAAAGCAAAACAAUGCUCUGCCUCUUUGGGGUAAUGAAACUUCGAUGAAUUUAAAUCCAUUGAUUCUAGCAAACAUUCAGGGAUCCAGUUAUUUCAAAGUGUCCUUGUUCAAACUGAAGACUUAUCACGAAGUUGUAGACGAAAUAUAUUAUCAAGUGAAACACUUGGAACCAUGGGAACGGGGUUCUCGGAAAACAGCGGGCCAGACAGGAAUGUGCGGAGGAGUUAGAGGUGUAGGAGCUGGUGGAAUAGUUUCAACAGCAUUUUGUUUACUUUAUAAACUGUAUACACUACGAUUAACUAGAAAACAAGUAAAUGGGCUGCUUACACACGGCGAUUCGCCCUACAUCCGUGCAUUAGGUUUUAUGUAUUUACGGUAUACCCAGCCUCCUGGUGAUCUUUUCGAUUGGUAUGAACCGUACCUGGUAGAUGAAGAGGAAAUUGAUGUCAAAGCUGGUGGAGGUCAGUCAAUGACCAUCGGCCAAAUGAUACGGCAAUGGUUGACGAAACUUGAUUGGUUUUCAACGCUAUUCCCCCGUAUUCCGGUACCGAUCCAAAAACAAAUCGAUUCAAAACUUGACCAAUACGCAAGAGAAAACGGUGUCUCUUUCGCUGAUACGCAACCUGACCGUGGUGGAACAACUGUGGGCGGAAAACAAGCGCGUAGCGGACCGUCAGGCAAUGCAAGGGGAACCGGACCGGCCACCUUUAGCGAUGAACGAGAAUCAGCACGUCAUGAACGAGGUGUGGCGGUGCAGCAGUCAUUUAAAGAAAAGCCUCUUAAGCGGGAUAUGUUUGACCAUUGUGACAGAGACGCACGAUCAUCCCGUUACGAAAGGUAUGACGACGAUAGACAUGAUCGCAAUCGGAAAGAUUACCGCGCCAAGGAUUAUGAUCGCGAUUGGGAUAGAAAUAGACAUAGAGAACAACGUGAAAGAGACAAAGACCGGCACAGGGAAAGGGAUCGGGAUCGCGAUAGGUCGAGGGAUCGCGACCGCGAUCGGAAAGAUAGAACGCGUGAUCGAAGAUCAAGAAGCCGGGAGCGCGAUUAUCAGCGUGAGCGAAAACAUCGUUAGCAGGUUUUUUCUUUGAAGAUUUUUUUUUAUUAUUUCACCUGUUUGCAAUUUUAUCAUUUCUAGGAUAAAAACUUCAAAAAACAUUAUAGUUGCUAAUUUUCGAAAACAACACAAAUGAUGUACAAUUAUGUGCACUUUUAAAAUAUUUGGUCUUAUUGGCAAUGUGUUGUGGCUUUUGUACCACUACAGCUUGGAAAUAUUAUAUUCUUGGCUUUCUAUUUUGUUGUCGGAUAAGUAUUUUGUAAAAAAGAACACAGAGUACACACAAAUGUUAGGACGCUAGUUUGCAUUUCACUUUGAACUGAAAUGUAGAAUGUGAAAACGUGACACAAAACCUUGUAACAAGCGAAACAACAAAGCGGGUUCACAUUUCAUUCAAGGAUCUAUCUUCCAAUCAAUAGCACUUUCCUCAGAAACCACAUAAUGCCUCUAUUCUUUAGUAACGUUUGCAAGAUAUCGUUCUAUAAAGUAAGCACUACAAGAAGCAGUUACGUUCUGAAUCCAACUUUUUUCUAGCUCUUUUCAACUAAUCGAUUACCUCACGAAACUUACGUUUCUUAUCUGCAUAACUUUAAUACCUCAUUCAUAAUGUAAUACUACUAAUAUGAUUUCUUCUUUCUUCGUUUCAAUACCCAAUCCUUCCUUUACACCACCAAUUGAUGCUGCACGAUUGAGCAGCGUCUGUAUGGCGUCAUUGUUGCACUUGCAAGAGUAUAAUACAAAAUAAAUAGAACAAACUAUGUUAAACAGGCAGUGUCUUUGACUACCUCAAAUGGAAUGGAAUAACUAGAUUUUGUUGGUGUUUUUUACAAUACGAUUUUAAAGAGAUACUCAUAUGACUAGACCUACUACUGCAGGGUGUGUUUGUUUUGUUUUUCUUUCCCUACUAUUCUACAGGUUCUAGAAUACU